ACGCUGCGAUUGGUCAGACGUUCCACGCUGCUCAAACCUAAACAGCGGCGUACAAACACUUCGUGACAAAGCUUUCCGAGCAUUGUGUCCUCAUCGCCGUCAUCACCUGAGCCCCCAGAAAGGAGGGACGCGUCAGAGUAUAAAUUAAGAGCAAAUCCACGUUGAUUGACAGUGAGGAGGAGAAAGUGUCGUUGUGGUGGACAUUAGGGGCUUUAAUGGUGACCGGCUGCAGAGGCAGACAGCACGACGCCGUGUGAAAAAAAAAAAGGAGGCUGAUCAUGGGUCAGCGCUGCUGCUAAUCCCGUCUGACUUGGAACAACAACAACAACAACAAGGCAGCCUGCAUCUGCGCCACGUAUCGAUAUGGGCUCCAAACUGAGCAGACAGAACAGCUUGGACAAUGAGAAUUUCUCCAAAAAGAGACGCGGGCUCCUCGAUGUCGCGGCGGAAGGCGACAGUCGAAGCGGCCGAGCAGGCGGUGACUUCCUGUUCGCCCUUAUGAUGAAGACGGACAAACUGCCAGGGAUGCUGCGUCGGACCAACCACAGCCCCUACAUGAGACGGGUGGCGUGGAUCAGGGAGAUCCAGAAGCUGCUUCGAGAUCGCAGGAUGGAGCAGGCGACCGACGUGCUCAGAUUACUGAGGAAGGAUCUUGGACUGGAAGGUACCUCACUCAAUGACAUUUUAUACAAGAACGCUGCCUUCCUCAAUCUGGUGGAUCCAAUUUCGCACGAGCUGCUGCUGAGCUUGGCCCGAGAGAUGCAGAAUCCUAAGAAGGAUUCAGACACCAUAAAGUCGUCAGAUAAAAUUUGCAGACAGCUGAUCUACCACCUGACACCGCAUUCAAAGUGGCUGAGGCAGAGCAUGUCCAGACGGAAAUCCCAGGCAUGUCUCAAGACAACCCUCCAGAAGAAACUGUCCAAUGACACCGUGGACUUGUCAGGCAUUCCUCUGUCCACUCGAGAUGUCCGUCAAGUGGCUUUCUACCUCCAGAACAACAGAGACAGUGUGGUGGCUGUGGAUAUCAGCUUUACCGAGCUCCAAGAUGAAAACCUGAAGCUGCUUCUUCCUCUUCUCGCCUCGCUACCCAAACUCAACACCCUUGCCCUCAACGGGAACCGUCUCACCCUGACUAUACUCAAGGACCUGACGGAGAUGCUGAAAGACCCCAAGAAGUUCUCCAGCCUGGCCUGGAUCGACCUCGGCAACAAUGUUGAUAUUUUCACCAUGCCUCAGCCGUUGUUGGUAGCUUUGCGCCGGCGCUGUAGCCUGAAGAGCAGUCUACCCACCAUCUACGAGUACACGGAAGGUCAACCCUACUGCUACCGGCUGGAGACUUCCAUCGAGGAACCCAGCCACUAUGACGAAGAAGAGGAAGAGGAAGAUGCAGAGGAGGACACAGAUGACGUGGGGAACAAAUUUGAGCUGGAGCCGUGGGGCUUAGGUGAGAAGCAACUCUCCAAAGACUUCACCCUUCACUACUGUGAGAGGUGAUCAGCUGUUUCUCUCGGAGGCCCUUUCAACUGCGGCCGAAAUGUUAUCACGCAGCAAUCUGUUAACUUCCCUAGCUUGAACAACCUCACACUUUCCAGCCCAAUCACCCUUUGAGGCACGAGGGAGACCACAUUGUGUAACACUCAACCAGACAUCUCGUAAUAGCAAGACGUCUCCGAAUGAAACCUGCGCUAGCUGACGGUGGAGUGAGAGUCAUUGCGGUGGACUUACCGUGUUGGUGGAUGGUGCCGUUGGGAACAAGAAGUGGAAGACCGGAUUCAUUGGAGAAAAAUCUCUCUCUUGCCCUCUCGCUCCCCUUUAUUGUGUAUCUGUUCGAUUGUAGCAGCAAAGAAGCCAAUCCAGAGCAGAUUUCCGUCAGUUGUCCGGCUGGAGGAGCAGCAUGUUGGCAGUAUUUUUCCAGUGGAAGGCAAGUCCGUUUGAAACCAGUGGAUCCCCACCAGAGUUCUCGACCAGGACUGAGACAAUCUCCGGCAGGCAGAGCCUCGCUCCACAUUGUGUGUUCUCUGUUAAUCUCUCAACAAAAGCUAUGACACAAGUUCAACAGACUACGCAGCCGACGACCUGUCACGUGACUCUGGCAAAACUGCUAGGUCAAGACUUUUCCCCAACUUUCCUAAUGUCUACUUGUGAAUACCCAUGCUGCCCUUGUGCAUAUGUAAACGAGGAGACAAAACAUGGUUCUCUUGUAUUACCGCACUCACUGUUGUCUUUUUUUGUUUGUUUUUUUUUGGGGGGGGGGUGUUGUAGUUUUCAUUAGCAAAGCUAUCGGAGAUGACCAGCAGGAAUAAACAAUGGUAGCUGUUACUAGUUUAUGUACUUGCUUAAAUACUUAACCUCCGUAAUGUAGUCAGCACUUUUUCAAUUAAACUUCCUUCUUCACCUUUAUUUAUUUCUAUUUAUACAAUGCCAUGACUUAAUCUCGUGAUUAGACUGACUUUCAGUGUCAUGUCCUUUGCAGUAGCACGUAGUCAGGCAGACCAAAACCGUGCGAUGCACUUCAAUGCACUUUUCUGUUUGUAUUUCCUCAUAUAGCAGUCUCUGUGGGUAAUUGUUUGAAAUAGAAAUUUACAAUGCAGAAGCUAUCAUCUUCACAACGCUGAUCCAAAUGGCUCAAGAUUGUUAGUAAUUUACAGAAAAAAAAAAUGCUGCUCCAUUGGCAUACGUAUUCACGAAAUGUCUAAAUGUGCAAUAGAUGUAUGUUUGUCUCACUGAAAUGUCUGGUAAGUGUUGUAAUUAUUUGUGGAUUGGUGUCUUGUCCUAUUCUGUGACUAUACGGCUCCAAUGUCAUCAAAUUGAGCACAGUGGCCUUCUUGUGUAAAAUGAAACAAUUCGACAGAAAACUUAAGUGGACGUGGCAAAGUGUAUUACAUUCUCAAAUAAUGUCAUUUGUGAUUAUAUUGAGAGUAGGCCCAUUUUAUGUUUGUUUGGUCUUGAGUGUGGCAGAACACUGUCCAGUUCGUUUGUAACGUCUCUUUCAUGUUUGCAAAUGACUUGUUGUAGUUUGUAUUUUCCAAAGCCAAACACUACCAAUAAAUGAAUUGAUCCAAA